AUGGCCCCACACCAAGUUGCUGAUUAUGACGAUACCCUUAUUCCGAAGGAACCUGUUCCUUUCCAUGGAAAGACGUUCAUCAAGACGGAGCCCAUCCCCCCCACCGCCCAGCAGAAUGAGCAGAAACCUCAGCGCAACUGGCUGAUGGGCGAGAAGGCCUUCAAAACCAGCAUGCCGCACCAUCAGGGCAUCAAGGCUCUCUGGGAGACGAAAUGGAAGUUCCCCUGCACCAAGUCCGUGUACCCUUUCCACGACGGCGCGUACGAGGACUUUGCCCCAGUCUUUGAGCACCUGAUCGCGCACGACAUCAACGACGGCACAUCGCCAGAGUACACGCGGGCAUUCUUCCCCGUCACGGAGGAGCUCGAGGCCGCGGGCGACGCCGCCGUGCAGCAGGGUCAGGCAGAGAAGGCGAGCGAGCUGUACCUACGGGCAGCGUGUGUCCUCCGCAUCGCACGGUUUCCGUACAUCUCGGCGCAUGUCUCCCAGCAGGAGGACCCGGACAAGUGGCGAGCCUGGGAAUGGCAGAAGAAAGUGUACAUGAAGGCUGCGGGUCAGCUGUGGGAGCCGUCGCCAGUGGUCGAGGUCGACAUUCCUCACGUCUACGCGGCAAACAAUGAUCUCGGCCUGUCGAUCCCCGCGUAUCACGGCAAGCCCGUCCAGGAAUGCCCCGUGGUCAUCCUGCUCACCGGGCUAGAUGGCUACCGGCCCGACAACACGGUCCGCUGCAACGAGUUCCUUGCCCGCGGCUGGGCAUGCGUGGUCCUCGAGAUCCCGGGCACCGCAGACUGUCCUGCUGAUCCAUCCGACCCCGCGGCCUCGGAGAGGCUGUGGGACUCGCUGUUCUCCUGGAUGCGGACAUCGGUGCUGCAGAAGUUUGACAUGGCACGCGUCCUGUGCUGGGGCCUGUCGGCAGGCGGCUACCACGCGAUCCGCAUCGCGCACACGCAUGCCGCGCAGCUCGCCGGUGUCGUCGCGCAGGGGGCUGGGAGUCACUACUUCUUUGACCGGGAGUGGAUCGAGUACGCCGAGGGCCACGAGUACCCUUUCAAGCUGGCGCCCGCGAUGGCGCGGAAGCACGGCUUCGACAGCGUCGAGGAGUACAAGGAAAAGGUGCAGGGCAGGUUUUCGCUGCUGGCGAACGGCCUGCUAGACCCCCAGGGCGGGAGCGCGAGGUUGUUGUUGGUGAAUGGCAUGCAAGACGGCCUCAUGCCCAUCGAAGACUCUAUGCUGCUGUUCGAGCACGGCUCGCCAAAGGAGGCUCGCUUCUUUGCUGCGGCGCUGCACAUGGGCUACCCGCUGGCCAACUCGGCGGUGUAUCCGUGGAUGGAACAGGUUGUUGCGUCGGUGGUGGACAAGGCAUGA